CUCGCUGCCUCGCCGCUUCACCUUCAGCGCUGCCAGCUCGACCACGACCUCGUUCAGGUGUCUGUUGCAACCUGCCUUUCUCCCUUUACCGUCACCUCACCUCUCAGUUUCCAUGCCUGCGACCAUCCAUCUCUGACACUUACAAGACAGGCAGGAAUGGCCUCUUCCAACCUCCUCAGCCUCGAGGCUGAAGUCCUUGCGAAUGUCCUCGAGUAUGUUGAUUCCGAAUCCCCUCGUACCACAGCAGCGGUGGCCCAGACCUGCAAAUAUCUCAACUAUGUGGCUAAACUGGUCCGCUACCGUCACAUCACCGUUCGCUGGGAUGCCGGGCUCCAAGCCUGGGUCGACAACUCCGGGCGGAACCAAGAAGAAUGGGAGACGCCCGAGCUCCUCCAAGGCUUGCGACAGCUCACAGUCUGCAGUGGCGAUCUUCCCACGCUACUAUUCAGCCCCGGCCACGAUGAUUCACCCACUGCCCCGGAACAUUGCAAGUCAUUUAACCGACUGGAGACCGUACUCCGCAAUGCCAGCAACUUGAAGACCUUGGUCUGGAAAGUGGGCUACCUGCCAACAGAAGUCCUCGUCGAGACCUUGCAGACCCAUCAGCCAAAUGCGAAAAUGGACAUCUUUCGUGCCAGGAGGCUCACUAAUGCAGAUAGACCCCUGGCGUCAGAAAAGGUCCUGGCGGCAGCGACUUGCCUGAACUCGUUUUCGAUGAGUACGGCCCACAACACGUGUACCGAAGACAUGCUGCUCUUCCACAUGAUCGUGAGAUCAGCACCGAACCUGAGAUUCGCCUCUAUACUCUGUUACCCUCCCAUGGACUUGGAAAGUCCCAUAGUCAACAUCCGCCGACGCCAUCUCGAGAUCUUCUGGUUUCCACCAGAUCAACCGAGGAAGCAGAGUUCGUCACUGCGUCACCUGACCUUGGACGGAUGGGAGAUGUCUGAUCAUGACUUGGCAUACUGGUCGCAGUACGUCAACCUUGGGUGCUUGGAGGGCUUGAAGUGUAGCAGAAGCCGCCGCGUCGAUAGGUCUUUUUUUGAACGCGCUCCGCAAUUAUUGACGAAUUUAAAGAGUUUCAGCAUCAACCUUCGUGCCGGGGAUCUUUCGGACGAAUUUUUAGCAGCGGCGAACAAUUAUAUCGCCACAUGCCCGCCUUUGCAGAUUUUGAGUCUCUGGUCGUGGAGGGGGAAAGUGCCUUUGUCCACAAUCCUGGAUCGACACGGAGCCACCCUCCAGGACCUCCAGCUUCACGAAGACACAGACCUCCCUAUUGGUAUCCUCAGAGAAUCUCUGUCGGUGGAGGAAAUUCAGUCCAUCCGACAGUCAUGCCCCGGCCUGAGGACGUUUACAUUUGAUCUCACCAGAGCCUCACCCCAACUCCAAAUCCAAGACUACCAGGGUAUUUUGGACGAGCUCCGCAGAUUCAGUCUCGACAAGAUCCAGAUCUACAUCGAUCCCGGUCUCCAAUGGUUUCGCUGGCGAGCCCGGCUGAUACGGCAAGGUCGAGUGACACAAGAAGUCCUUGGUUCCGCGUACGAUGAUCCGACCAUUCCGUUGGAUGAUGUCUGCCUUCCCACGGGAUGCAGCGACAACUCUCAAUUUGAAGGUGCCUCCGCUUUGACAAUUGAUUGUGUAAGACACGCUGGUGGGUCCGUAUACCCUUUCACGCUCCAGCCUCCAUCUACACACAAGGCCAUAUGCAGCUUUCUGAUCAAGGCUUGGAAAACCAUCUUUGGCUCAAAAACCUCGGGGCCAAGACAACUCGAGCUCAAAUUUGGGGAAUGGGAGAAGAAAUUUGAACCUCGCCGUCAUGAUCUUCCGGAUUCGACAAGAGACAUUCGAGUCUUUUGCCGUGCGAGACCACAUGAGAGAGACGAUAUGGUCGGAGAAUGUUUCGUCGAGUUCGACUGCUGUGGCGGGCAACAUAGCAGGAAAUUCAGCAGCCGCUGAGCCUUGGAUCGAGAGAGGCAAGGUUGCAUGUGCCCACAGGCGCGUGUUCACGGAGUGGAUGUACAUCGAAUUUGGCAGGUGAUAACCUCGGGGACUGGCGGCUCUCUUGAUGGGGAAGGAGAGGGAGUUCAAUGAUGGAUUCUUGGGAUGGUCGUGGAGAUGCUUCGUCUCCUAUUGCUUGAUCAGCUGAGAAGGAGGGUUGCAGGUGAAAGGUUGGCCUCUCACGGUUCCUGAUUUUGGCGGCAAACGAUCCUAUGGAUGGGGGCUGGGGAUUGGACACGUCUUUUCGGCCUGUAUGAGGUCAAGGUGUACCGAAUUGGUUGGCACAGGAGUGGAAUGGACUGUGCCGGAUUGAAAUGGAUUGGAUUGGAUGGAACUGGACCGGACUGUACUGGUUGCUUUGGGCUGGUGUCAGGAAUUGAAUGACAUUGCCGAAGGACUUGACGAGGCGGAAGGACAGGAAAUCAACCUCUCGGACCUGGAACCCCCAGCGGAGAGGAUUCACAGCUCUGCCUUAUGAGAUAUGUGACACGAUUAACGACUAGUGAAGGAUAGCGGUGCGUGUGAAUGUCCCUCCCAAAGAAAAGACCAUGCGAGACGGACGGUUACGGCAAUCAUGGUGAGCAUGUCUUUUGGUGAUCUCGCGUGCUUUUGGCCCAUCUUGGGUUUAGGAUACAUACCCGG